AGUUGCAUAGGAGGCACGGAUUGAUUAAAUGGGGAGAAGGGUGGGCAAAGUUGCAUAAUAGGAGGCACGGAUUGAUUAAAUGGGGAGAAGGGUGGGCAAAGUUGCAUAAUAGGAGGCACGGAUUGAUUAAUCGUUUUUCCGAGCAUAGAGACUUGCAGGGCAGUUAGAAAUGGGUAGCGUGGAGGGCAGUAGAAAUAUACGUGUUGAAUAGGGUGGAGUGACAUGUAUUAUAGGAGAUUAUAGAGGGAGCUGUCGACCUUGCCCUUACCCUCGACCUUGCCCUUGCCAUCGCCAUCACCAUCGCCACACUGCUUUGCCCUUGUUGUCCAACACGCAGAGACGGAAGCAUUCUUCCGUCAUGCACAUCGUAUGAAUUGUGCCGCUGCCGUGCAAUGGUGGACAGAAACGGGAACGCAAAUACCCCAAGCUGGAUAUCAACUUCAACUUGAUGGGCGAAGCGAGCAGCAGUUUUACAGAUGGAGAGACCGCUGGGUCAUAUCCCCGGCUCCUCCUCUUGUUCCAUUGAGCGUCAAAGGUACGACCACCUUUCUACUCUUGAUAACAAUAUUGACAAGAGACUAAUAAUGGAGAGGAGCACCAGUGGUGGACGAGGGGUAGCGCCCGCAGCAGCGGAGAACAGCGUGCAGAAGGGAGGUCCUCUUCUCGAGAGGUUUCGCGCUGUUAUUCUCCGAGAGAAGCGAAGACAGGAGGAAGAAGAGGAUGAGGAGGAGGAUGAUGAUUUUGAGGAUGAUCACAAGAGAGAGAGGCCGCGGAGGUUGGUAGACGAACAAAUUAUUGUUGGCGUUUACAAGAAUGCCCUUGCUGAGCUGACCUUCAACUCCAAGCCCAUCAUCACCGAUUUGACAAUUAUUGCCGGGGAGCACUCUCAUGCGGCCAAGGGCAUUGCUGCCACUGUUUGUAAACACAUCUUGGAGGUUCCUGUUGAGCAGAAAUUACCUUCUCUUUACCUUUUAGAUAGUAUUGUAAAGAAUAUUGGUGGGGACUAUGUUAAAUAUUUUUCAGCUCGACUUCCUGAGGUAUUUUGCACAUCAUAUAGGCAAGUUGAUCCCAGUUCAUAUCAUGCGAUGCAACAUCUUUUCAGAACGUGGGGUGGAGUAUUCCCUUCACCACCUCUCCGUACUAUUGAAGCAGAUCUCCAGUUUCCUCCUGUUGUAAAUGGUCCAUCACCUGGCACUACAUCUUCAAGGCCAACUGAGUCUCAGGCUCAGCGCCCUGGCCACAGCAUCCAUGUAAAUCCAAAGUACUUGGAGGCUAGGCAAUUUGAGCAGUCAAGCAUGGCUGAAGGAUCAAAUUCAGAAAAUAACGAGGAUUCAUCAAGUCCCGAACCUGAGAGAUCUGGCAGAUCUGUACAUGAAAGUCCAAAGGCGUGGUCUGAAGCUCCUCGAAGACUACAUCAUGCUCAUCGAUUGGAAAGGGGAGAUGAUUUCCAUCAAACUGUAUAUGUACAGAAACCUGCAACGCGCUAUUUUGACUAUGAUUUCAGUCUAGGUGACUCUCUGUCUCCUUCAAGGGUUGGAGUUGGGAGACCUCCCUCUCCCUUUUCUCGAAUGGGAGGCGGAAGGCCUCCCUCUCCCCUCUCUAGGUUAAGAGGUGGAAGGGCUCCCACUCCACCAAGGUUUGGAAUUGGAAGGGACACUUCACCAUCAAAGAUUGGAGUUAGGAAUGCUCCCUCUCCCUCUACAUCGAGAAUUGGAGCUGGAAGAUCUCCUUCUCCAUCAAGGAUUGGUAUUGGGAGGCUUAAUGAGAAGAUUGUUGACCAGGGUAAUGGAUGGGAAAGGCCUUGGCAUGGGAAAACUGAUGGAGAUGGACUCCGGCCACUUGAUACUGCAUACAGUCAAAGGAACGGCUAUGAUUGGCAACAGCAGCCAAUGCAUGAUGCUCUGCUUGAUGCCUAUGGAAAUAUCAGGGGUCAGAGGUCUUUGAGGGGACCACUUUCACAUUUACAGCCACCCCAGGAACUUGACAUGAAAAAUACUAGAGUUAUGUCUAGAAACUGGAAAAAUUCAGAGGAAGAAGAGUACAUGUGGGAGGAUAUGAGCCCUAGUUUGGAGAACCAUGGCAGGGGGAGUGACAACAUAAGGAAAGGUGAUUGCUUUGUUGGAGACGUGAAUAAGUGGCCAGGUUUAGGAAGGGGAAAAAGAAUGGGCACAGAAUCUGCUCUUCCUGACAGCGAUUGGUGCAUGCGUGGAACCAUGUCUCACAUGGAUCAGCCCAUGUUAAGUGGGAAGGAUAUGCUACCUCUUAGAAGGGAAUCAGAAGAGCGCCACCCAUCUUCUCUUUCACAAUCAGGUAUUGUGUCAUGGAAUGUUAAUACUGCCAUUGAGACAUCAUCUUUGUCGAAAAGUAGUGAAGGUGUAUUAGGACAUAGAUAUGUACCAGUUCGGCCACCUCAUUUUUCUCAUCAAAAUCCUAGCACAACUUCACAAUCAAGGCUGAAAACGGUGCAAGCAUCUGUUCCAGGUUGCAGUGGUUUAAGUACUGGCGUUGCUUCUUUCAAUUUAGCUCAUUCUGGUGGUCCUCCAGCAGGUUCAGUAAGUAAUUUCAGGUCAGUGGGUACAGAACUGCAAUCAGGAAUGUUAUCAAAAUCUCCAGCAAAUGUCAGAUCCUCACUGGGCAGCGAUUCUUUGAACUUUGAAUUUCUGCCAUCUAUGAUGCCAGCAUCUAGUAACAUUUCCUUUCCAAUGAGGCAGCAACCUGAGAGGCAUGUUUCACCAUCACCUAUUCCUCAAUCUGUAAGGCCUUCCAUACAACCAAUUCCUCCUGUGCCUUCAUCUGCUCCACUACCACAAAAUUCUCACUUUCAAUUAAUACAACUUCAGCAACAGCAGAAUAAUUUUAUUAAGAGUGAGGAUCUCCCUUUCCAUUCUCAAGCUUUGUCUUCACAGUCAUCUAAACAAUCGCCACGUCAAUUGGAGCCGGUUGAACAAGUUCCUCAGCAGCUUCCCUGGUUUCAGCAGGUGCCACAGUCUCAAGCUCUUCCAGAGUUGAAUCAACUUCCAUACAAUGUUCCACAAGGUAGCUAUAUGCCACAGAAGUUACCAGUACCACAAGAAGUACAGCAAAUUCCCCUUGCUACAUUUUCACACACAAUUCAGUCUCAACCAUUGAUACAAUCCCAAACUGUCACACAAUCACAGUUAAGUGGUGGUGCUCCUCAAACUUUGGGAUCUAUUGUCAGCAGCAGCAUGGCAAAUUCUAAUUCAGGACUAAACUCUGUGUUAAUUCCACCUGUCCCCAAUAACUUAUCUUCACAGGUUUUAGGGAGAGUACAACCACCUCUUCCCCCUGGCCCCCCACCAGCAUCAUUGUUGGUAGCAUCAUCAUCACAAGUGAUGGGUUCGGUUACCAUUCCACAAACUUCAGGGAGCUCUCUCUCGAGUAUUCUGAGUUCACUCAUGCAAAAGGGUUUGAUAUCUGUGACAGCUGCAUCUUCUGCUCCAUUUGUAUCUGUACCUGUAACAUCAGCUAUAAUGGCAAAUCAACUCUCAGAUAAUAAUGCAACUGUGGCUGAGGCUUCUACUACAACAUCCUUACUUUCUAUCCUACCUGCUAAUCAAUGCCUUUCAAAAGCUGCACUAUCAGAAGCACAGGAUACUCAGGAUCCCAUUGGAACUCAAUUUAGUUCAGAAAUCCUCAGGGUUCGUCAUGAAUCUGUUCUUAAUGCAUUAUAUAAUGAUUUGCCAAGACAGUGCACAUCAUGUGGGAUGCGCUUCAGAUGUCAAGAAGAGCACAGCAAUCACAUGGAUUGGCACGUGUCUAGAAACAGAACCAUUUCUAAGAGUCGCAAACAAAAGUCUCUGCAGUCCACAUCUCGUAAAUGGUUUAUGAGUGCUACGGAAUGGCUCAAUGAGACAGAGAAUUUAGCAGCUGAGGUUGUUCCUGCCUUUUCUCCUGUGGAAAUGACUUUGGAUAAAAAAGAUAAUGAGGAAUUUGCAGUCCCCGUAGAUGAUGAUCAGAGUGUGUGUGUACUUUGUGGAGAACUAUUUGAAUUCUUCUACAGUGAUGAAACAGAUGAGUGGAUGUAUAAGGGAACGGUUUACAUGAAUGCUCCUGGUGGAAGCACAGAAGGCAUGGGUGGGUCUUCACGGGGUGCUAUUGUACAUGCCAAGUGCAGGUCAAAAUCUGCAGGAAUUAAUUUUGCAGAUUCUGAAGAGGAUGAAUUGGAAGGUAAUGACGAUUCUGAGACUAGAAGGAAAAGGAUUCAGUAUUCAGUAUGGUAUCACUUGUUUUGUUCUGUUAGCUUCAACGAAUGUUUAUUGUAAAAUGUAAGACUCGCUAUGGCAUCGCUUGUUUUUUUAUUGUCAGCUUCACAAGUGCAAUUUAUACAUGCAACUAUUUCAUUUGCCAGAUUGCGUAUGGCAUCAUGAUGGAAAGUAGAAAUUAGUUUCUGCACCCUCCAGAAAUCAGAAGGGGCAUUUCAAUAAAUAUGGUAUUGUUUAGGUUGUAAGGAUUACAUUUAACUGAAGAGAUUUUAAUUCUUUACUUGUAUAGUACCUUGGUCAAAGACUCAAAACAAUCUGUUUGUCUAAUUAGUAAGAGGCUAGAAAAGGUCGAGAAUUUCUCUGUGUCACUUAUGGCAAUUUAUAACUUUUUUUUUUGA